CCGCGCCAUCUUCAUUUUUGAACAAAGCCAGUUGGAAGUGCGUUACGCGAAGUACACUUCGAAUCUCUCCGGUAAAGAUGAGUUCUAAGGAAAAUAACUCUGAAGUCGCUGUCGACAAAGUUACAGAAAACAACGAGAAGGCGGGAGGUGAUGCAAAAUCAGAAGUUAAAGGCACUAAGAGGCCAGCAGAGUCUAAAGGAGAAGAUGCGAAAAAACAGAAAAAAGAGGAGAAUGGCGAGGAGGAUGACGUAGAGGACGAGGAAGAUGUGGAAGGAGAGGAGGAGGAAGAAGAGGAAGAACUUCCAGAAGGAGAGGAAGAAUUAGAUGAGGGAGAAGAGGAAGAAGACGAGGGUGAAGGAGAAGGGGAAGGUGAAGAAGAUGAAGAGGAUGCAUAAUGAGAAGUGUGCUAUAAAGACUUGUAUACAGAAAGUGAGCGACGUGUUCCUGCUUCACUAAAAGCUUGGAACUAUGGAGUGAAAAAAUUCACAUCAGUUUGAAAGACUUCGAUGAUGGAUUACAUAGUCAUUCAUUUUUCUUUCUGUCUAACCAUCGAAACAGUUCUGAAGAUUGAAGUUCUAUGGCGUGUGCUGUGUUAGUUGGAAACAUUUGGGCUAAGGUACCGGUAGGUCUUUUUUAUAAAUAAAUAAAAACCCUUGCAAUGUACCCUGUUUUACUGUAUGAGUGACUAAUUUUUUACUGUGGUAGUUUAGUCCUGAUACAUUGUGUGACAGUAUUGAAAGAAUGGGAGAACUUUAACACUGAUACCCAGGCUCACUCCUUAACUCCAAGUUUUGAAGUGGAAUAUGAAUUUAAUAAUUUUAUAUGGGGGAUUUUAAAAUAUACUAAAUCAUUCACAACACAUGGUUUUAUUUAAAUUUGAUUUUCAUUUCUCACUUAAACUGUGAAUAUUCCCCCAUUAUGAAUUUGAAAUAAAGCAGGGAUUAUAGGCUGAGGGCAGCCUUGUAAAGACGAUAUUGGAAGUACUUCAUUAAUAGUAAUGAAAUGUAAAGAAACGUUUACAACCAAAUGGAAUGGCGAAUAUUGUGUGUGUGAGUUUAAGUUGUGAAAGAAACAAUAUUUUGUAAUAACAGGAGGAUUUUGUUUCAUUUGAGUUGUUUCCUUUUUAAAAGUGUUUUGUUUCCACUCCUACUUUCGAGUUGUAAUAAGUUUAUUCAUGCUGUAACAUAGAAUAGCUACCUUUUUUUAUUGUGAACAGUGAAUACAAUUUUACUGUACAAAGAUUUUUGAAAAAAGAAAAAUAGACCACAAAAACCUCAGCAGUGGAAUAAAUUUGACCACUUUGAUACAAAUGUGCACCUUUCAGUGUUAACUGCCAGCAAGAAUCAGUCUUAAGAGGCAAUAAAAUGUUUCUCUAGUAAAGUAUGUACUAAUUCGAUUUUGUUUUGAAGAUCUCCUAAAUAGUUGCAGUUGAUGUAAACGUGUAGAUACAUGUAUUGUAACAUUUUUCUCUUAAGAGAAUACCUGUCUGUUACAUGGUCAGUUGAUGACUGUACAUGCUCUGCUCAUUCCAUGUUUGAUAGUUGAAACCAUAUUUUCUAAACUUUGUUUUUUGGCAUUUAAAGGGAAGUGUUAGGAAAGGAAAAUUGCUGUAAAUUUAGGGAGUAUGUAGUGAACUUGUAAUUCUAAUGAGUGACUAAAAGUGGCUAGAAUUAAAUGUGCUUUCUUAUUUCAACCCUUCCAAGUAUGUGCAUAUUAGUGGGAUAUUGGUAGUAUUAUGAAGAGCUUAUUUUCUCAGGGAUGAAUUCCUGUGCGGUAAGUGUAGGAAACUUAUUGCCCUGUGCAAAUAGUGGUGCGAAAUUGGAAGCAUUAUUGGCUCUGGAUUCUAGUUCAGGAUUGGGGAGCAGCAAUAGUUCGAUAAGUGCCGCACAUUGCUGUGCUGCUUCCAUCUAGUGGUGGUUGCACUAUGAAGUUCUGUGAGCGCUCACCAGAGGCGCAGUGGUUACUACGAUAAUGGCGCUGACGUAGCUGGACGCUAGACUUCACAUUGCAUACCUGAAGAUGUACGUACAAAUUGUCCAAUACAAAUAAAAGUCUGAAACUUGAGAUUUUUUAAA